AUGCCUAUGAAUGCUCUUCCAGCAGCUAUUCUGGCUCACAUGGUAGCCAUUAAAAAUGUGCCUCCUCCUCCACUUCGCAGCAUACCGGCCCUGAAACCGAGCAGUAACAUUAACUAUGGUCAGUUGAGUGCCUUAUGCCACAGGAGAGAAGUACAGAGGAGCCGGCAUUCUUCUCUUAAUUUGGCAGCUCACAAUGCAUUCAUCAAGCGAUAUCCUCAAAUAUUCCUGCAUAAAAAACCAGCAUUACCUAAAAUUCCUCAAGAAGUUGAACAAAGGAAGUCUGCAAAUGAAAUAGAAGAAAAGAAACUCCAGCCUGAUGAGUCACACAACAUCGCUGUGUAUAUCAGACAAGCACAUGGUGGCCCUUGUCUAUAUGAAGAAAAAUCCACAACAAAGUUCCAAGAGUUCUUAGACAUCUUAAAGAAACUGCCAGUUCACAGAACAAUCCAUGAACACAACACUGUGUGGAGUAUGCUGAAGAAAAUUCCAGAGUUAGCCUCUCAGCUCAGCGAUGCGCAGCUGAAAAUCCUGAGUAAGAAAGUAGUUACUGAAACCUGGAUCAAAGGCAGCACAGUGACUGGUAAUGAUGGACUUUACAUCAUACUGAAGGGCCUGGCUCGACCUCGUGUAAAGGUUGUAGUAAAUCUGUUUGAAGAUUCCGACUCAAUCAUGUCUACAAUAUGUACGGAAGGAUUUAUUUUUGAUGCAGAUUUAAAGGACCCUACAAAGGCUGUGAUAUAUCUACCUUCUGUGGAAAUAAAGAUGAAAAGGUGGGAUACAUUUGGAUCACUGGAAGCUCCAGCUGCAACUGAAAAGGGUGAAGCACUGAAUUCAAUUGUGAUGGAGGAUGACUGCGAGAUCCUUAAGAUUCCUACAACGGAGUAUAGGAAGUUAAAAUUGAAAAAAGCUAAAAGUGAAGAUGUGCAAAUGUUUAAAUUAAUCCGCAAGUGUCCUUAUUAUGAAAAGUGGCCUACUUUAUAUAUAUACGAUCUGGUGGCAUUUAGUAAAUGGAAAAUUUUUCCUCCAGGUCAUGUAUUAGUUGAAAGUGGAACUGUCAUUUCAUUUGUGGGCUUUAUUAAUUCCGGAUAUUGUGACAUUUAUAGAAAUGUUGUGGGACUUGUACAUCUACAAUUAAACAAAGUGAAAAAAGUUAAGAAACUUGUUUAUAUGGGUAAACUGAAGGAGAAGACGUCCUUUGGUGAGAUUAGUGUUCUUCUUCAAUCUCCCUUCACAUGCACAAUUAUCACUGGACAAGAAGUUGAGAUGACAAUUAUCGAAGAUAAAGACAUAUUCAUGUUGGAUCCUGUGAUCAAAGAACUUAUGAUUCAAACAGCAAAACCAACUUUUGGCCAUCUGACAGAUGAAGAUGUAAAAAAUAAAUAUAUACAAAAGGUACAACAAAAAGAAUGGAGAUCUUUUAAGAAUAAGACACUUAAAAGAACCUUGGAUUAUAAUGGAGUUCUUCCUGGUUUUGGAAAAUGGGAGCAUUACUGGAAAACCAUCCCAAGGAAUCUCAAGGAUACUCUUGUCAGUUAUUAA